UAUCCUUGAUCUUUUGCGAACUGCCAGCAUAUUCUGUUUUCACUUUACCCAUUUUUUUUUGUAAUCAAUACACUAUGGCAGACACACAGAAAGUAUACCGACCCUGGCCCGCGGAGCCCCCUACCUACCAGCAUGCCAACUCGGAAGAUAUACAGAAAGUCACCCACAAUAAAGAGUGGAAUUAUUCUCUUUUCGAUUGUUGUUCUCCAGCAUCGCUAUGUCUCACCAGCUGCUGUCUCCCCUGUCUUGCCUUUGGCAAAACACAAGCAAGAGUGCAAGAUCCAAAGCUGGAGGGCUAUAGCUCUGUCAACGGUGAUUGCAUGAUCUUCACUUUCCUAUCUUUUGGCUACGCGCAGUGGAUCUAUCAAUGCAUCAAACGAGGCGAAAUGCGGCAGAAGUAUGGCAUCGAGGGUUCGUGCUGUGGUGACUGCUGUGUGACUUUCUGCUGUAGCUGUUGUGCCCUUGUCCAAGAGGAAAAGGAAGCCGAAUUACGAACGAGGCCGGAUCUUGCAGGUUACCAAAUGGCCCCGCAGAUGGAGUUCUCACAGAAAUAAGGCUGUUCGUUAGGGCAAGGAUGCGGGUUGCUUGGGUGGGGUGAUGUCUUUAUUCAUUUAUGGCUGGCUUGGCGAUGGGGCUUCUUAACCAUAUCUCAGGUUUCACAUGUAUUUAUCUAUUUAAUAUUGGUGUUUAACUUCAAUAGCAUUGGCAAUAUUUUUACAGU